UAUAGAGUAUUUAUGCAUAUAGAAUAUGCAUUGAAUAUGUAUGUUACAUAUAUGUUAUAUAAAAUUAAUGCAAUUUGCUCGUCGUUCGAAUCACUUUGCAAUUACAUCGGGCAAAAUCCAUUGCGGGAAAACGUUACAAAUUCCUCACGCAGCGCUGUUACGAGGAAACACAUAAGACACCAUAGACGAUCCAAUCGCAAAUGCAUCGCUCGGGUACAUUCGCUGCUAUCGUGAAUAUCUCGCAUUGCGCUUUGGGAAUUCCUUUUAAGCUGGAAAUUUCCCGAGUCACUGGACCUUGGUUAAUUAAUGGAAAUCACGGCAGGCUUCGUGGUGACGUUUGCCGAACGAGAAAAAAGAAACCCUUGAGUCGUUCGAUUGCGACACGAUGUCUUUCAUAGAUUUCAAUCGGAAAAAUUCACCCCGGCGCCAAUCCGGACGUUUCACGUUGUAAAUUGCCAAGAAUCUCGAGAAGGGGUUGCUGAGAACCUAUAAAAAUGUCCUCGGCCUGGUUACCCUCUCGCAGUCGUGUUCACUUCCGGCGGACACACAAUCUCGAGGACCAGAAACGAGCAGCACGAUCCUUUCGAAUCGCGUUGGUCGCUUUAAACGCGAUUCCCACUGACGACAUGCAUCGUAAAGUUCGACUCGAGUUUCUCGUUUUCUCUAUAAUAUUGCUAUUAUGCUUGAUCCUGAAUUCUGGAGCCGAAGCUCAGCUAAACUUUUCGACCGGUUGGGGAAAAAGAAGCCAGAAACUGGAAUGGAGUGCCGUUAGACCCGAGUGCCCUUCGCAGGCUAGACCUUCGCUCGAACAGCUGCUAAACGUUUACCAUUUGAUACAGAUGGAAGCGCGCAAAAUGUUGGAGUGUCGGAAGCUGAACGAGUAAAUUCGGAAGCGGAUCUGAUGCGACGUUAGAGGAAACACCAUAGGCUAAACAUUGGACCGUUCGAGGGAGCCGUUCGAACCGUAUACCUUCAACGAUUUGCAACUUGUUUGGAAGCACUGGACUCUGAAACGAAGUAUCCGGAUCUAUCGAACAAAGCUUGCUUCGAUACGGUUUUCGAGCCCGCUCGAACGUGCCUUGUAAAAUCACCGAUACGAACGAUAAUACAAACAAUGAGUAGUAAAGGA